AGAUAAUUCGUUUUUAAUGCAGUUCAGGCGUGAUUUUUGCUGUUUCUGGUAUCAGUGACAAUGAAAACCUUCAUACAACUGGUUAUUGUUGGAUACUUUUAUGUAUUCAGUUUUUCUUCAUUUAAUCAAGUAAAAUGUGCUGAUUUUGAUGAAAACUUUUUAUUUGGUGUUGCCACUUCUGCGUAUCAAGUCGAAGGAGGUUGGAAUGAAGAUGGUAAAGGUGAAAACAUCUGGGACUACAUAACCCACAAAACUAACCUCAUUAUGGACAAUAGUACAGGCGAUAUCGCGUGUGAUUCAUAUCACAAAUUCAAAGAAGAUGUUUUUCUUCUUAAAUCGCUUGGAGUGAAAUUUUACAGGUUUUCUAUUUCAUGGUCCCGAUUAUUACCCAAUGGUACAGCCCCGAAUGGAAUUUGGUCAGCUAAUCCUUAUGCUGUUGAGUAUUAUAAGCAAUUAAUUGAUGAAUUGAUAGCGAAUAAUAUAAUUCCUAUGGUGACACUGUAUCAUUUUGAUAUGCCUCUUCCAAUGGCUCAGUAUGGCGGAUUUCAGAAUGAGAGAAUUGUGAGGGAUUUUGAAAAUUAUGCGGAUGUUGUGUUUAAACUCUAUGGACAUAAAGUGAAACAUUGGUUUACUAUUAAUGAGCCGAAUUCUUGUUGUGAAAUUGAUGUUUUGAUGGCGAGUGUAUUGCAAACGGAGUAUGUUGGGAAUCAUGGAUUGAUUUAUAUGUGUACGAGGAAUUUAUUGCUUGCACACGCGAGUGUUUAUAGGUUAUAUCAGAAGAAAUACAAGUGGAAGUAUUAUGGGAAUGUAGCGUUGGUUAUUGAUAGUAAUUAUUUUCAAGCUGGGAGUGAUUGUGAUGAUGAUUUGAAAGCAGCGGAGAGAUAUAGACAGUUUAUGAUAGGAAAAUGGGGACAUCCUAUUUAUAUUGGAGACUUCCCCAGUGUUAUGAAGGAAUAUGUGGCUAAUGCAAGUCGUGCCCAAGGGUUAACCACUUCUAAGUUACCAGUGUUCACCGAGAAAGAGGUUAAUUUGAUCAGAGGGACCAAUGAUUACUACGCAAUGAAUUAUUACACCAGUAGACUUGUAUUUUUCAAUGAUACUUUGAAUGAAGAUAGUUUACAGAGUGAUGCACAGGUUUUUGUUACAGUGGACCCAAAAUGGAAGCAAUCACCAACUCAACCACUGAUUUAUGUUGUACCUGAAGCUAUACGAAAAUCUUUGAGGUUUAUUAGAGAUGAAUAUAGGAAUCCAACUAUAAUGGUUACAGAAAAUGGUUAUGGGGAUAAAGGAGAAUUCGACGAUCGGGAUAGAAUUAAUUACUUCAAUGAUCAUUUGAAACAAAUGGUUUUGAGUAUGAAUGAAGAUAAUGUAAAGAUUAUUGGUUAUACUGCGUGGAGUUUUAUGGAUAAUUUCGAAUGGACCAAUGGAUAUUUGAGUAAAUUUGGUUUAUAUUCGGUUGAUUUUAAUAGUUCUGCAAGACCUCGAUACGAAAAAGAUUCAGCUGUAUACUAUAGAAAACUAAUAGAAACUAAAACCAUACCUGAUCUAGAUGACAACUCUGAAAACAGGUGUUGAAUUGUUAAAUUUACUGAAUUUUAUUACGUUAUAUAUUGUUUAAUGAUGAAUUAAUUUACUGUUCACUACGGACCCCUUGAAACUUCUAAUCAAACGCGGCUGCCAAGAGGUCCCCAACUUCCCCCUCCCUUAUUUCCGUAUAGUUGCCUCCAGUGCUCGUAGUUUGCACCCGCGAGUGUAGACUUACCCCCACCACUUUUUGCGGGUCGACCAUAGCUAUAAAAGGACAGCUCGCAGUGACCAUAGGGCUCAGUGCUACCUGAAUGGUCAAGCAGUCCAGCCUAACCUAGGUUCCACUCUCUUCCCUACUCUCUCUACUCAUGUCACGCACAGCGGAUAUUCAAAAAGAAGAUAUAAAGGAAGAUUUUUGCUACUUAUAUACAAAUAUACAUGUAUUGCAAAUAUAUAUUGCAAUAUCUUUCAUAACCCAUAAAAAACUUCCUUAAAUUUCAUCAAAAAUUAAGAAAUAUUUAUCACAGAAUAAAAUUAUUUCACAACUCAAAUUUUUCAUUUAAAUACUUCCGAGUUUCAAUCAGUAUCUACAGUCUUCCAACACUACUCAACCAAAUUUUAAGUUAAGUACCAUUACACAGUUAAAAAAUAAAUAAAACAAAAUGGCCGCCAAUAUGAUAAUGAAGUACGUCAUUACCAGCACUAUUUGCCUCAUGACAACAGUAUUAGCAUCUCCAGUAGAACUACCCACUGCCCUAUUUCCACCCACGUGCUUAAUCGAUUUAUCCAACUUGGGAUUACCCGCAGAAAUAAUCAACAGCAUCGAAAAUUGGUUGAGUAAUGUCUUGGGCUCAGCUCUACUCGACAACAUACUCUGUUAAUCCAUAAAUACUCUAUUAUCAACAAUCAUCUGACCUUAACUGAAUAAUGCAGGGCAAUUUAGAAACAAAAACAAUAAAAACCCAUUCAAUUAAUUAACACCAAUCAAAUAUUAGCUGCGGAAGCGAUCAUAAUUCACCACAGCAUUAGUAUAAUUCCAUCAGUUGUGGGAAACAUGUCUGCUUUACCUGAUCAAUUCAAAUACCUCCUGUAUCAAUCAUACGCAAUCGGCCUGUUACCAAAAUUCAACCGAAAUAAUAAUAAAUUUGAAAAAUGCACAUA